CUUUCCCUUCCUCAUAUAUUUUUAUCACCUCUCUCUCGCUCUCUGUGUCUCUCCUCUCCUCCAAACCCCUCAAAACCUACCCUUAUCAAUACCAUCAUAAAAAAAAUAUUCUUCCCUUUGGAUUUCAUUUCUACGAUUUCAAUUGGGAAUUUUUUUUCUUCGAGGGAAACAAAGAAGCUCCCUAACAAGAUCACAGAUUCUGUACACUCGAAUCGGCGACGACCUUACACCACCGCCUCCUUGCCCCUUCUUUGAUCGAUCGUUACAAAUUGUGGGUUCGAGGAAAAGAACGAUAAAAGGGGUAAAGGAGAGAGCUUUUUUUCUUGAUCAUUUCGUGGAAGGAGGAGGAGAAGGAAGAGGGGAGCUAAAGGGAUAAAGGGAAAAAAAAGGCAGAGAGAGCUAUGGAUGCCGAUUCGUGGAGCGCUCGUCUCUCUUCUGCUUCUAAGAGAUAUCAAUCAGCUCUUCAAUCGCGAUCUGAUAUGUUUAUGGGCUUUGAAGAAAUCGACGUUGAUGAUGAUAUGAGAGAGGAGUUUCCGUGCCCUUUCUGUUCAGAGUACUUUGAUAUUGUUGGCUUGUGUUGUCACAUCGAUGAUGAGCAUCCUGUGGAAGCAAAGAACGGGGUUUGUCCAGUAUGUGCCAUUAGGGUGGGUGUCGAUAUGGUCGCCCACAUAACCUUACAGCAUGGAAAUAUUUUCAAGAUAUCCUUUUCUCCUCGAGUUAGUGUCAUUUUAGAUACCCAAGUUUUGGACUCUAAUAAAUCUGCGCCUGUUGUAGCUAAUAUAAUUCACAUUAAUUGAUUUGACGGUAUAUUGUUUGAUUGCCAAGAAUAGUAAAAACUUCAAGUACGCAUGAUUGACCUAACUUCCAAUCCUCUUGAAAUCCUUGACGAAAGAGCUUACAUGCAGCGCAAAAGGAAAUCACGCAGAGGUGGACCUCAUUCGAGCCUUUCUUUGUUGAGGAAAGAGCUGCGAGAGGGAAAUCUACAGUCCCUUUUCGGUUCUUCUUGUAUAGUUUCGUCGUCAAAUGCUGCUCCUGAUCCAUUGUUGUCGUCUUUCAUUCUACCCAUGGGAGAUGAUUUCACGUCUCCACAGACGUCCUUUUCAACUGAAACGAGUUUCUCUAAGAAAGGCACGGAAGAGAGUAUUGUAGAAAGAAAAGCAAAGUCACCACCAUUGUCGAUCAAGGAUAAGGAGGAGAAAGCGAAAAGGAGCAAUUUCGCUCAGGGGCUCUUGUUGUCCACCAUUUUUGGUGAUGAUGUUUCAUAAGGACAAAGGGGGUGCAAAAAGGAAAACUCUGAACUGAGAGAGGCCAUGCUAAAAAUGCUCCUCCAUGGAAGAAGAACUCUUUAAUGGUUUGUUUGUAGUAGUCAAAUAUGGAAGUUGUAUUAUCAAGUGGUUGAGAGAAUAAAGCUUAGUAUUGUAAAAACUCUUUCUUAGUUGUUGAGACCUGAACAGACUUUUUCCUUUCAGGUUUAUUGUUAAAUUGGGGAAAACAAAAGGAAGAAAAAGGCCAAAAGAAGGAAUACAAACUUCUUUUCUAUAUAGCUUUUCUAGUCUUUCGUUGCUUUCCUGAAGAGGUUCGAGUCAUGACCAAUUCAAGAACAC